AUGCAGAUCGAGAAUGCCGAAACCGUGGAGAGAUACGGCAUCCGCAUAUUCAUAAGAUCUAAAAUAACUGUCCAACAAAUGUGGAAUCGAAAUUUGUUUAAGAGAAGUGACCCGGUGCAGCAAAUCGGUUAUGUCAGCUUCCUGCCCUCCGUCGCUCCCAGCUGCAGUCAAACGCUUUCCAACCUGACCCAACAGACCAACGACUGGCUACGCCGCAACCCUCUUGCGGGCCGUAUCCUCAGCGUAGAAACGCUGCUGAUACGCGGUGUAGAAGGUGAGAUAGACGCGGACGCCAGCGCGUGGAAGCAAAAGACCUGCAUGGCCGCCCUUCAAGGCCUCCAUAAACAGACCUUCAUCCAACUGUACCGCAUCUUCUACGAAACCAUGCCCCACCCCGUCCACGAGGACAUCGGCUUCGUGGACUUUGUCCCGCGCAUGCUGGAGCCCGGUGGCCUCGUGUCAUAUCCCCGUGGGGAACAGUUUCCGGCCGUACUGCAUGCCCUUAACCAGUGGGCCAGCACGAUGCCGGGCAAUGUCCGGCUGCUGAACAUCCAGACCCUCCUGACGCGCGCCAAUAAACAGGGGCAACCCCUAAACCUGUACAAUGCCUGCUACACGGAUGUGGAGUGUCAUGAAUUCUACUGGCGGUUUCUACGGCUGGCCUUCGUCGCACCCCGGGAGGAGUCCGCAUCGCCGCCGGUGUACGCGUUUCCCACCAUUCACAGCCGGUUGUUCGUGGCGGGAUUGACCCGGGAUCCCGGGUGGUACCACAACGCCGAGUUGGAGCGGUUGAGUGUGGUGAAGGAGCGGCUGGACAGGUGGGUGCGAGAGAGCGGAUGCCGGGUGAUGUGUGUGGAGACCGUGACCUAUAAGACCUUCGAAACGAAAAGCUGGCGGGGUUUGAUUCCAUGCACACGUGGAACGAGCACCACAAUAACCAGAGAAAUGAGCUACCGCGGACUGAGCAGUAUGUCUUAGGUUUCCGGGUCUACUUCCAGGGAGUUGUUAAGGAAGUACCGGGAGUGGAACCCGCUCGCAGUAUGGCUGACUUUCGACGGGAGAAUGCCGACAAAUGCAUCGUUGCUUGA